AUAACAGCUGUCGCCAACCGUAGGCCUUUGUUACAGCAGAGUUAGCAUUCCAAAACCAUUCUUAUCCAUAGUUUUUAGCGAUUAGGGUCACCCACAGUUGCCUGCAUGUGAACUACAAUUCCGACGCUGUGUUAACGUUUCGAAACGUCAGACCAGUUUUUCGAAACAUGCUGAUAUGCCCCUUUCAUUUCAACAAUAAAUCAUUUUCCAAAAAAUAUACUUACUGUAUCAGUUUUGCACAGAGCCACAGACUGUGCGCCAGUUGACGAACUACACUCCCUCCCUUGUUACAUAUAGGUGUUUGGAGCACGCUAGAUAGCCAAUUAGUUCAGGUGGCUUUCUGUCUGUCUUCCACAAACAAGCGAUGAGACAUGGUCGUAUGGGAACCCUAUAAAGAUUCUGAAGAAGAGGAGGCAAAACAAAGACAAAAGCAGGCAAGGGAGGAGCUGCAGGAGAAACACAGUGAGAAGGCCUUCUCUUACCAGGAGUCAGUGCUGAGGCCUCGUCAGGAGUCUUCUAUGAGGAAGAAAGAAAAGCGAUUCUACCGCAUGACGGGAGAGAGCUGGAAGCUGACUGACGGAGAACAACUUGGGGAAGGAGAAUCGUUAGGGCAGAGUGCCCAUGGGGAUGUUGAUGGGACACCCAAUCAGGAGGCAGUAAGAAGGAGGAAACUGCCAGAGAGUGCCACCAGACUCCACCCCAAACCUGAGGUCCCUCCCCAAAAAAGGGUGGUCGUUUUACCAGAGGAGCCAGCAGAGGAUGCUGAAGGGGUUGUACGGGUGGCUUUGAGAUGCCCAAGUGGAAGAACAAUUCACAGAAGAUUCCUGAAAUCCGACAGCUCCUCGGUUCUUUUGGACUGGUUGCUGAAAACAGGAUAUCACCCUGCAGUCUAUACAUUAUGCACCACCUACCCCAGACAACCCUUGAUCAUUGGGAAAGACAUAAGCAUGGGGGAUGCAGGCAUUUUAACACACACAGUAUUAAAUGUGGAAGGGAAAGAUCCCUCCACGACCUGAGGAAAAAGCAUCAGUUCCAUGCCAUUUGAAAAUAAAAAGAUGGGCAACUGGUUGCUGGAUCAUAGAAGGCGUCAGAACAGCAAAUCCUUGACAAGGGAACAAAGCUAUAAACUAAGUCCAUAUUGCAUGGAUUCUUAAUGUCAGAACCAAGUAUACAGUGUACUCCUUUCAUGCUCAGUUGUAUGAAUUACUGUUUCAUUAAAACAUAUUGCUACACAAACA